AUGACUCCUGUAGAAAGAGAAGCACUCAAGGAACACAUUGACUCAGAACAAGCUGGAAAGAUUGUGCCAACCACCUCACCAGCAGGAGCUCCAGUGAUGUUUGUAAAAAGGGUUGAUGGCAGGCUUUGCUUAGUGAUGGAUGAUUGCUGGCUCAAUGCAAUCACAAUCAAAGACAGAUAUGCGCCACCAACACAGGACAUAUUAAUUGAAAAACUGCACCAUGCUAAGAUCUUCACAAAGCUGAAUUUGAGGAAUGGAUACCACAACAUCAGAAUCAAGAAAGGAGACAAAUGGAAGGCUGCAUUUUGCACUGCCCUUGGUCAUUUUGCUCCCACAGUCAUGCAAUUUGGCUUUAGCAGUGCCCUGGCUGUGUUUAUGUGCUUCAUGAACAACAUAGUCCAUGCUUUGCUUGAUAUCUCUGUGGUUGUGUAUUUGGAUGACAUCCUAAUCUUCUCAAACUCAAGAGAAGAGCAUUUCUUUGUCACAGAAGUUACCUACAUUGGCCUUGUCUUUCUCCAUGGAGAUGCCAUCAGGAGAAAUCACAAGGUGCAAGCAAUUGUGGACUGGCCUGAACCCCAAAAUGUGAAACAGGUGCAAUCAUUCCUAGGCUUUGCAAACUUUGACCAUUGCUUUGUCCCCAACUUCUCUUGCUUAGCACACCCUCUGAACAACCUUACUCAGAAGGAGCAACCAUGGAUCUGGCAAGAAGAACAAAAGGCUGCAUUUGAUGCAAUCAAGGCUGAAUUGCAAGGAGCCUGUUCUAGCUCACCCUGA